AAUUGGCUGAACAAGCGUCGUCUGUCUAUCCCCCGCACAGGGGGAAGAGAGACUGACAGUCAGAGGCAGCCUGAGGUCGUAGUGCAGAGCUUUUCUCCAUCAUAAGGUGCAGAGUCCACUUUUCUGCUCAAUGCUUCGCCUGUCCUUACACCGCUUGCUGUCCAUAUCACCUCGUGCUGGAGGAUCCUUCAUAAUGCAGAGUGUAAGGGGGGUGCAGACCCCUCCAAAACUUCAAGGCAAAGUGGCGCUAGUAACGGCAUCAACAGAUGGGAUCGGUUUGGCUAUUGCUCGGAAGCUUGCUCAGGAUGGAGCACGAGUUCUGAUUAGCAGCCGGAAGCAGGAAAAUGUUGAUAAAGCUGUGAGAGAACUUAAAGAACAAGGACUAGAUGUUGAAGGAACAGUCUGUCAUGUAGGUCGGAGUGAGGACAGAGAAAGACUAGUGAAUACGGCUGUCGAGAAGUUUGGAGGGGUUGAUAUUCUUGUUUCUAAUGCUGCAGUUAACCCCUUUUUUGGAAAUAUGUUGGACUCUACUGAUGAGGUUUGGGAAAAGAUUUUAGAUAUAAAUGUUAAAGCUGCAUUCCUUCUGGUGAAGCUUGUGGUGCCCAAAAUGCAGGAAAGAGGAGGUGGCAGUAUUGUGAUUGUUGCUUCUGUGGCUGGAUUUACACCAUUUCCUGCUCUGGGCCCAUACAGCGUCAGUAAGACUGCACUGCUUGGCCUUACCAAAGCUCUUGCACCAGAGUUGACACCUCUAAACAUCCGAGUGAACUGCCUUGCACCGGGGCUCAUUCGCACCAAAUUCAGCUCAGCUCUAUGGCAAAACAAGUCUGGCUUGGAUCAACUAACAACUGCUCUGGGUAUUAGCAGGAUCGGGGAGCCGGAAGAGUGUUCCGGAGUAGUGUCUUUCCUCUGCUCUCCUGAGGCCUCAUAUAUAACUGGAGAGACGGUAGUGGUUGCGGGAGGAGGACACUCUCGACUAUGAAAAAUUCAUUUAUCCUUAUGUUGCACCAUUCAACGUGUCGUGUCCAUACAAUAAACAUUACAAUUUGCUACAUGCCCAUUUUAUAUCAUGUAGUUGGUAAUUGCAUUGUGAAAAGAAUUUUAUGAAAAUGUGGUGCCACUUCAUACAGUAGCACUGAUGGAAUUGAAGAAAAACAUCAAUAGGCCAUGUUCAGCCUGUAUGUGAUUAAGUGACAAGCUGAUUUAUGUCACCAAGGUUUACUUACAGAAUGUCAAUUAAGUCUGAUUAAUGUGCACUGCUGCCCACCCACAUCCUACUAAUGCUGCAAUUGUUGGCCUUUGUACAUUUAUGACAGACACACCUCGGAAGUAUGAAAUAUAUUUUCUUAUUAAUAAAACCUUUAUGAAGAAAA